UUCAGAUCGGCGUUCUCUCGCUGCUGCCCUGCGCGGGGGAAGACUCCACCCCCCAGAAUGCUUCCUCCUACGACGAGAGGGUAGACGUACGAGAGCGAGUGGACGGUGUGGGGUCAGUCGUCACGUGCAGUACGAGGUGCGUGUGCCGUUGAUGCUGGAGGAGGAGACGACGAAGACGACGCCGACGGCUGGCCUGGCUGCGCGGGGGCUGUUGUUGUCGCUCUCCGCGGCUCGGCCCGCAGCAGCGCCUGCCAGGGAAGUCCCGGAGCAGCUUGGCCGGGCGGCGGCGGCGGCGGCAGCAUCGGCAGCAUGAGCGACAACGAUGACAUCGAAGUAGAGAGCGACGAAGAGCAGCCGAGGUUUCAGUCUGCGGCUGACAAACGUGCUCACCACAAUGCACUGGAGCGCAAACGUAGGGACCACAUCAAAGACAGUUUCCACAGCCUGCGGGAUUCUGUGCCGUCGCUUCAGGGAGAGAAGCAACAGGCAUCCCGGGCCCAAAUCCUAGAUAAAGCCACAGAGUACAUCCAGUACAUGCGCCGGAAAAACCAUACACACCAGCAGGACAUUGAUGACCUAAAGCGCCAGAACGCCCUGCUGGAGCAGCAAGUUCGUGCACUGGAGAAGGCAAGAUCAAGUGCUCAGCUGCAAGCCAACUAUUCCUCUUCAGACAACAGCCUGUACACCAACCCCAAGGGCAGCACCAUCUCCGCCUUUGAUGGAGGCUCCGAUUCCAGUUCAGAGUCUGAGCUGGAAGAACCUCAGAGUCGGAAGAAGCUUCGUAUGGAGGCCAGCUAGAAGAGGUCUCAUUCCCGCUGCGAUUAGACACUUGCUGGCUGCUUAAGGACUUUCCUUUCUUCUUUAGUAGAGGCUCUCGGACUGCAGCUCCCCCUGUUCCUUGUCCCUUUCUGGCCCUUGUUGAGUUAGCCCAACCCCUGGCUUGGCGGCUUGUCCUCUGGAAGACACCAGCCAUAGCAUGGAGCAGGAUGCAUCUCUGUCUUGUCCUACCCUAUGGCUGCAAGUUUCUAGUGCCAGGAAUGCCCAGGUCCCCGUGACGAACUCGUGAAUCUAUGAUUGCCUGGGCGGUGUGGGGACAAUGAUGGUUCCAUUCUUCCACUAGAGCCACACCAGUCUCACUGUUGCAUUACUCAAAACAUGUCUGUGACAACAAAGCCAACUUCCCCUGAAGAAUCCCGAGGGAAAGGGAUGCGCAGAGGGCACGUGUGUCUCUUCUUGCCUGAAGUGAUGAUGCAGAAUUCAGGUUAAGGCAGGGAGAUGGAUUUUGUUUUUGUAUCUUGGCAAGUAAUUAAUUGGUAUUUAUUUCCUCCUAUGGAAACUCAGUCUGGUAAGAUUCCUCCUCCUCCUCCUCCUCCUGCAGAUAUUGGUGAUGCAAAGCUACAAAUGUGUACCAUGCUCAGUUCUUCCCUCUUCCGAAUUUUUCAGAAAUAGAGCCAGCUUUUUAAAAUGUAAAUACACCACAAGCUUUGUUACCUGGUACUAAUAACUGCAUCCAAGCGUGGACCUCCUGCCCUCUGGCAAAUGAGCCAGUUUUUACCCAUGUGAGUUGAAGGGGCACAGGCUAUAUGUGAGUAAAAGCCUCUGUAUGUGUGCGUGGUGCACACACGUGCAUGGGCGUGCGCAUAUGUGUGUGUGUGCGUGUGUGUGACCUUAUAUUUUUGUCUUCUUCCCACUCUUGUUUGUGACGUUUUCUGAAUUUAGUGUAAUACAAGUGUAGCUUGGUCUCUGUCCAGGUGUGAGUCUAUUCCAUGGAACUGAAGUAUGUUGUACAUACUGCCCAAGAAUUGUCUUGCAAGUUAAGGCUUCCCUUUACUAUAAGACUAUAAAUAAAAAAAAUAUUUUAUCCUU